AUGAGCGGAACCAACCAGAACCGAGGAGAGAACCCUUCCCAACUCAGUGGACAUCUCCAGUAUGUCAAGGGAGCCGCCUCAGAAAUGAUCGGCAACACACUUGACUCCGCGUCCUGGAAAGACUAUGGUCGCCAGGAUAAGGAGGCAGCGAUCGGCCAGAUGAGGGCCGCAAAACAGCAGGGCGACGAAGAGAUGGAUUAUAGUGCGAGAAAAGCCUCGUCACUGAGUGCAGAGGGGAAGUUGCAGAAUGUCGCGGGGGGAUUGACGGGAUGUGGCGGUAUGCAGGAAAGAGGGAGCGAGAAAGAGAAGGUCGCGGAGCAGAAGACGACAGAGGGAUGGUAG